GCCCAGCAAGGCCGUGUCAUAAAUUGCCUCAGCUGACGCACAAGGAAUGCUCUAUGUAACCAAGUAACCAACCAGCUGCUUCUGGAACACUUUUAGCCACGCGAAUGGCUUGGGUUACCGCCUUGACAGCGAGCUUCGGUGCCGUGCUCUAUGCUCUGGCUUACCUGGCUUCCUGGUUCUAUGGGCUGUUCAGUGUACUAGCCUCGCCAAUGUGGAUCCUAGCCCAUGCCAUCCUCUAUGUGCUCCUUUUUCCACUAAGGCUUCUAAUCAAAUUUGAGGCCAUUCUUAGCUACUUCACAGUAGCCGCAUUAAUGGGGGUUAUCCUGGGAAUAUCAAUUCAUUAUGCGUCGUCGGUUACUGUGGAGGCGAUUCAUCAAUGGUUUGGUUCACUGAAUGACCCAGCUCGCCCUAGGCGGAAUAGUUAUCAUGGACGUCUACUUGAUAAAGUCAAAAGAGGGACUUCUCCGAGCGAUUCCAACGCGACCGACGAGAAUAUGCCGGAGUGAUAGACCGACGCGAGGGAUAGGCUCAAACCGAUGAGAAUCUGGCAUCGUCUACACGAUCCUCAAAGGGGAAGAAGCAGCAGCCGGGCCGAGGAAUGACGGGAUGCUUUAAACUAGAUCAUGAGCAUAGUGGGCAUGUCAGCG